UUCUCUAGACUAAACACACCCUUCGUCUUCAACACCCAACUUCAUAUACACUACAAGUAAAAAGAAACGCCUAAACUCAUUAAAAAUGGGAAGUUCUUGGAAGUCUGGACAGGAUUGAUCACUCACUGACUGACUGGGGAUUCAUCGGGCGAGAGAUAUGGAAGCGCUAAUAGCCUCAUACGCAGACGAUUCUUCUGACUCCGAUUCCGACUCCAAUCCCACCCCUCCACAGCCGCCGUCAGCUUCCACAUCACUGGCCCCUCUCCCCCCGCCUCCUAUUUCACUUCUUCAGCCGCCCAACUCUUUUGUUCCCUUGGACUCCUUACCUAGUAGUCAAGUCAAUCGCGUUCGAAGCUUUCCUCACAUUGAAGGCAAUUAUGCUUUACAUGUCUACAUCCCGGUUUAUAUACCAUCUGCAACAAGGAAGGGGCUGGCCAGUUUUCUGAAGAAGGUCACAGCUAUUGUACCUACUCUACAUGCUGUGGAUGUUGAUGUACCAUUGAGUGGUUUGUUGAAAGAUGAAGCACUGCUUGAAAAAGUGGUGUUGGGUAGAGAGUUUCACAUUAGUUUGGGAAGAACUGUUCCUCUCCGCGUGCAUCAGAUUAAUUCCGUGGUCUCCAUGCUUCGACAGAGGCUUCAGUUUCAGAGGAGGUAUUUGAUAGAUUUUAACAAAUGGGAGAUCUUUGUCAAUGAUGAUUCAACUCGCACAUUCAUGUCACUGGAAGUUGUAGAAGGAGGCUUAGCACAGAUAAGAAAGCAAAUCCAAGCUGUUGAUGAAGUCUACAAACUUCAUAACCUUCCGGAAUUUUACAAGGAUCCACGCCCUCACAUCUCAAUAACUUGGGCAUUGGGGGAUAUCAGGGACACCCUGAAGAGAAUGGUGGAAGAAGAGAUGAAGAAAUACAAAGUGGGUUCAAGUUCACGGCAGAAAUGUAUUUUCACUAGCAAAUUCACUGGCAUUUUGUGCAAAAUAGGCAACAAGAUGCAUGAAAUCUGCAAGUUUCAGGAAGAAUAACAAUUGUUUAUAGAUUCCUAGUUAACCUUUUCAACUAUGCAUCUCCCAGAAGGCUAAUUAGAAGGACUUGUUAUUGU